AUGAGAGCCCCCUCGCAGCCCGCCGUGCCGCUUGCCAUCUUGGCCGCCGGCGGCGGACCGCGGCGGGGGGAACGGCGUCGGGAGGGCGCGAGGGGCAGCAAGGGGAACGCCUCCGCGGAUUGGAGCGAGAUUGUAGAGGCGGGGGAGGGGCGCGCCGUCGGGGGGAAUUCGCGCAGCAGAGGCGCACGAUGUAUGAUCGGGGGAGGGGAGUGGUGCGGGAAAAGUGGGGCGGGGCGAGGGGCAGUUAGCGCGGCGCCCACCUCGCCACGCUCCCCCACGCGGGCAGCUGUGUCUCCGCGUCACUCGACCCAAGCGCCCCUCUCCCCCCGCCCCACCUCCCCUCGCCAUUUUUCCUACAACCUGCGCCUCCCUUGCGCGACUUCCAUCGCCCACCCGCUCCUCACCAACCCGCGCGCCCUGCUGCUCGCGCUGCUCCUCGCUGGGGCCCUCGCUCUGCUCGCCCUCCUGCCGCCCUUUGCCCAUCAUAGCACCUCCUCCGAAGCAACCCCCCUCUCUGCCGCUGCUGCAGGCACCACCCUCGGUUUCUCAAUGCUCCCUGUCCCGUCACAUUCUGCAUUUUGCCAUCUGUUCUCCACUCUCCUCUUCUCACCUCCCCGCCACAUUUUUCUCUCUUCUUUUCUGUCCUCCGUCCGCUCCAUCUGCUCUCCCUGUCCCCGUCAGCACGUACGUCUGGGAGGGGAGCGCCUACUCUUUGUCAACGCCUCUCUGCCUCCCUCCGCGCUGCCCCCCUCCGCGCUCCCCUCCCCCUCACUGCCACGCUCCCCCUCGCCGUGGCUCAACGCGGGGGGGAGGCUGGAGGAGUGGGGCGGGGGCGAUGGGCAGUGGCGGCGGGUGGCAUGGAGGGGCGUGAGGGGGAGGGCAGCAGCGUGUGUGGCACUGAGAGACACAUUUGAUACCGCCAGGGGGGAGUAUCAACGCGCACUGCAGCUUCACCUGCAGUCCCUGCUCCCCCCGCUCUCCCCCCCUUGCCCCUCUUCUCCUCCCCGCCCCCCUGACCCUCCUCCCUCUGCUCUGCGCUCCUCCCUCUCCGCCCUGCGCCAGCGCCUGCUUACAGAGUGUGCUUAUAACGGGGACGAGCUAGACCUGCCAGCAGAAGAGAGAGGGACGCUCAGACUGAGGGAGGAGGAGAGGAGGAAGGGCGGGGGAGGGACAGGCGAGGGAGGGGAGCGGGGCAGGCAGGAAAAGAGUUUGUUAGAGGCAGACGGGGGGUGGCGGUGCAAAGGGGACGAGCAGGGGAAGGAGGCGCGGGCGUGUGUGGGGGUGAGGGCGGACGUGCCGGUUUGGCAGCGGCGGCGCGAGCUGUUCCCACAGGUUGCAGUGGGCAUGUCGCUGCUGCUGCAGUACUUCCAGCAGCCCUCAAACGUGCAGCCCCUCGUCUCUCGCUUGCACGCCUGCGCUGCUCAGGGGGGAGGCGGUGGGGGUGUGGGUGCUGCAAGUGGCGGUGGUGGUGCUGCUGCUGCUGCCAAGACAGAGGGUGGUGGUACUGGGAACGUGGGUGGGGGCGCGGAUGCACAGCAAGGGCGUGGGCGUGGGAUUGGGGUUGGGGUUGGGGGUGGGGAUGGGGGGGCAGGAUGGGAGGUGUGGGAGGGGCUGGGGGGCGAGGUGAGUUGGGAUGAGCGAGCGGUGGGGAAGGGAGGAGGUGCAGCGGCGGGGAAGGGAGGAGGUGCAGGGGCGGGGGGGGCGGAGAAUGGCAGCAUAGCAGGGGAAAUGGGCGGGGGGGGGCAGGCAGGGUACAGGAUAGAGCUGACCGCCAAUGUGGAUGAACCCUCCUCCUGGCCGCUCUGGCUGCAGAUGUGGCAGGACACUGGGGGAGGGCAUGGGGAAGGGCAGGGAGGGCAGGGUGGGCAAGGGGGAGGGCAGGAGAGAGGGCAGGGGGGAGGGAAGGGGGAAGGGCAAGAGGGAAGGCCGGAGGGAGGGCAGGGGGUGAGCCAUUGGGCAGGGCUGUCACUGCCACCGCUACCGAGUCAACCACAACCAGGCCCCGAGCCUACCAACACCACACUCCUACCCCCCUCACAUCCCCCUUGGUGCGGGCAUCAUGGGUGCAGCCACCCCUCCUUCCUGCGCGUCAUCUUCCGCCACAACACCCACGAGGUCUUCGCCUUCAACCGCGCCGCCUCCGCCUCCCGCGCGCCCCUGCUCGCCCUGCUCCAAGACGACCUCCUCCCCCCCGCCUCCUGCCAUUGGCUGCACGCCAUCCUGCACGCCCACGCCGCCCAGCCGUCCCUCGCAGCACUGGGGUACCGCACAGGCAAGGUGGAUGUGGACAGCCGCGGGGGCGAGGGCGUGAGGGCGUACCAGCGGCAGAGCCGGGCGCUGUGGGCGCAGCCGGCGUGGGAGGCGCGGGCAGGCGUGCGGGGGUACAUGGCGGGGGUGGUGGACUCGGGGCCGCUCGUGGUGCGGCGUGCGGUGUGGGAGCGCAUGGGGGGGCUGGAUGAGGGCAUGUCGACGAGAGGGCAGAGCGCCAUGGUGACAGACUGGGUGCUGGCGUUCCAUGUGUGGAUGGCCGGCCACAAGGUGCGUGCAUGGCUUUUGAGGUGCCUCAAAAGGCUGGAUGAGGGCAUGUCCAUGAGAGGGCGGAGAGCCAUGGUCACUGACUGGGUCAUGGCGUUCCAUGCAUGCACGGGCCAUGUGUGCAUGCACGGGCCAUGUGUGCAUGCACGGGCCAUGUGUGCAUGCACGGGCCAUGUGUGCAUGCACGGGCCAUGUGUGCAUGCACGGGCCAUGUGUGCAUGCACGGGCCAUGUGUGCAUGCACGGGCCAUGUGUGCAUGCACGGGCCAUGUGUGCAUGCACGGGCCAUGUGUGCAUGCACGGGCCAUGUGUGCAUGCACGGGCCAUGUGUGCAUGCACGGGCCAUGUGUGCAUGCACGGGCCAUGUGUGCAUGCACGGGCCAUGUGUGCAUGCACGGGCCAUGUGUGCAUGCACGGGCCAUGUGUGCAUGCACGGGCCAUGUGUGCAUGCACGGGCCAUGUGUGCAUGCACGGGCCAUGUGUGCAUGCACGGGCCAUGUGUGCAUGCACGGGCCAUGUGUGCAUGCACGGGCCAUGUGUGCAUGCACGGGCCAUGUGUGCAUGCACGGGCCAUGUGUGCAUGCACGGGCCAUGUGUGCAUGCACGGGCCAUGUGUGCAUGCACGGGCCAUGUGUGCAUGCACGGGCCAUGUGUGCAUGCACGGGCCAUGUGUGCAUGCACGGGCCAUGUGUGCAUGCACGGGCCAUGUGUGCAUGCACGGGCCAUGUGUGCAUGCACGGGCCAUGUGUGCAUGCACGGGCCAUGUGUGCAUGCACGAGGCCAUGUUGUGCAUGCACGGGCCAUGUGUGCAUGCACGGGCCAUGUGUGCAUGCACGGGCCAUGUGUGCAUGCACGGGCCAUGUGUGCAUGCACGGGCCAUGUGUGCAUGCACGGGCCAUGUGUGCAUGCACGGGCCAUGUGUGCAGCCCAUGUUGCACGGGCCAUGUGUGCAUGCACGGGCAUGUGUGCAUGCACGGGCCAUGUGUGCAUGCACGGCCAUGUGUGCAUGCACGGGCCAUGGUGUGCAGGCACGGGCCAUGUGUGCAUGCACGGGCCAUGUGUGCAUGCACGGGCCAUGUGGUGCAUGCACGGGCCAUGUGUGCAUGCACGGGCCAUGUGUGGCAUGCACGGGCCAUGUGUGCAUGCACGGGCCAUGUGUGCAUGCACGGGCCAUGUGUGCAUGCACGGGCCAUGUGUGCAUUGCACGGGCCAUGUGUGCAUGCACGGGCCAUGUGUGCAUGCACGGGCCAUGUGUGCAUGCACGGGGGGGGCCAUGUGUGCCAUGUGUGCAUGCACGGGCCAUGUGUGCAUGCACGGGCCAUGUGUGCAUGCACGGGCCAUGUGUGCAUGCACGGGCCAUGUGUGCAUGCACGGGCCAUGUGUGCAUGCACGGGCCAUGUGUGCAUGCACGGGCCAUGUGUGCAUGCACGGGCCAUGUGUGCAUGCACGGGCCAUGUGUGCAUGCACGGGCCAUGUGUGCAUGCACGGGCCAUGUGUGCAUGCACGGGCCAUGUGUGCAUGCACGGGCCAUGUGUGCAUGCACGGGCCAUGUGUGCAUGCACGGGCCAUGUGUGCAUGCACGGGCCAUGUGUGCAUGCACGGGCCAUGUGUGCAUGCACGGGCCAUGUGUGCAUGCACGGGCCAUGUGUGCAUGCACGGGCCAUGUGUGCAUGCACGGGCCAUGUGUGCAUGCACGGGCCAUGUGUGCAUGCACGGGCCAUGUGUGCAUGCACGGGCCAUGUGUGCAUGCACGGGCCAUGUGUGCAUGCACGGGCCAUGUGUGCAUGCACGGGCCAUGUGUGCAUGCACGGGCCAUGUGUGCAUGCACGGGCCAUGUGUGCAUGCACGGGCCAUGUGUGCAUGCACGGGCCAUGUGUGCAUGCACGGGCCAUGUGUGCAUGCACGGGCCAUGUGUGCAUGCACGGGCCAUGUGUGCAUGCACGGGCCAUGUGUGCAUGCACGGGCCAUGUGUGCAUGCACGGGCCAUGUGUGCAUGCACGGGCCAUGUGUGCAUGCACGGGCCAUGUGUGCAUGCACGGGCCAUGUGUGCAUGCACGGGCCAUGUGUGCAUGCACGGGCCAUGUGUGCAUGCACGGGCCAUGUGUGCAUGCACGGGCCAUGUGUGCAUGCACGGGCCAUGUGUGCAUGCACGGGCCAUGUGUGCAUGCACGGGCCAUGUGUGCAUGCACGGGCCAUGUGUGCAUGCACGGGCCAUGUGUGCAUGCACGGGCCAUGUGUGCAUGCACGGGCCAUGUGUGCAUGCACGGGCCAUGUGUGCAUGCACGGGCCAUGUGUGCAUGCACGGCCAUGUGUGCAUGCACGGGCCAUGUGUGCAUGCACGGGCCAUGUGUGCAUGCACGGGCCAUGUGUGCAUGCACGGGCCAUGUGUGCAUGCACGGGCCAUGUGUGCAUGCACGGGCCAUGUGUGCAUGCACGGGCCAUGUGUGCAUGCACGGGCCAUGUGUGCAUGCACGGGCCAUGUGUGCAUGCACGGGCCAUGUGUGCAUGCACGGGCCAUGUGUGCAUGCACGGGCCAUGUGUGCAUGCACGGGCCAUGUGUGCAUGCACGGGCCAUGUGUGCAUGCACGGGCCAUGUGUGCAUGCACGGGCCAUGUGUGCAUGCACGGGCCAUGUGUGCAUGCACGGGCCAUGUGUGCAUGCACGGGCCAUGUGUGCAUGCACGGGCCAUGUGUGCAUGCACGGGCCAUGUGUGCAUGCACGGGCCAUGUGUGCAUGCACGGGCCAUGUGUGCAUGCACGGGCCAUGUGUGCAUGCACGGGCCAUGUGUGCAUGCACGGGCCAUGUGUGCAUGCACGGCCAUGUGUGCAUGCACGGGCCAUGUGUGCAUGCACGGGCCAUGUGUGCAUGCACGGGCCAUGUGUGCAUGCACGGGCCAUGUGUGCAUGCACGGGCCAUGUGUGCAUGCACGGGCCAUGUGUGCAUGCACGGGCCAUGUGUGCAUGCACGGGCCAUGUGUGCAUGCACGGGCCAUGUGUGCAUGCACGGGCCAUGUGUGCAUGCACGGGCCAUGUGUGCAUGCCGGGGCCAUGUGUGCAUGCACGGGCCAUGUGUGCAUGCACGGGCCAUGUGUGCAUGCACGGGCCAUGUGUGCAUGCACGGGCCAUGUGUGCAUGCACGGGCCAUGUGUGCAUGCACGGGCCAUGUGUGCAUGCACGGGCCAUGUGUGCAUGCACGGGCCAUGUGUGCAUGCACGGGCCAUGUGUGCAUGCACGGGCCAUGUGUGCAUGCACGGGCCAUGUGUGCAUGCACGGGCCAUGUGUGCAUGCACGGGCCAUGUGUGCAUGCACGGGCCAUGUGUGCAUGCACGGGCCAUAGUGUGCAUGCACGGGCCAUGUGUGCAUGCACGGGCCAUGGUGUGCAUGCACGGGCCAUGUGUGCAUGCACGGGCCAUGUGUGCAUGCACGGGCCAUGUGUGCAUGCACGGGCCAUGUGUGCAUGCACGGGCCAUGUGUGCAUGCACGGGCCAUGUGUGCAUGCACGGGCCAUGUGUGCUAUGCACGGGCCAUGUGUGACAUGCACGGGCCAUGUGUGCAUGCACGGGCCAUGUGUGCAUGCACGGGCCAUGUGUGCAUGCACGGGCCAUGUGUGCAUGCACGGGCCAUGUGUGCAUGCACGGGCCAUGUGUGCAUGCACGGGCCAUGUGGUGCUGCACGGGCCAUGGUGUGCAUGCACGGGCCAUGUGUGCAUGCACGGGCCAUGUGUGCAUGCACGGGCCAUGUGUGCAUGCACGGGCCAUGUGUGCAUGCACGGGCCAUGUGUGCAUGCACGGGCCAUGUGCUGCAUGCACGGGCCAUGUGUGCAUGCACGGGCCAUGUGUGCAUGCACGGGCCAUGUGUGCAUGCACGGGCCAUGUGUGCAUGCACGGGCCAUGUGUGCAUGCACGGGCCAUGUGUGCAUGCACGGGCCAUGUGUGCAUGCACGGGCCAUGUGUGCAUGCACGGGCCAUGUGUGCAUGCACGGGCCAUGUGUGCAUGCACGGGCCAUGUGUGCAUGCACGGGCCAUGUGUGCAUGCACGGGCCAUGUGUGCAUGCACGGGCCAUGUGUGCAUGCACGGGCCAUGUGUGCAUGCACGGGCCAUGUGUGCAUGCACGGGCCAUGUGUGCAUGCACGGGCCAUGUGUGCAUGCACGGGCCAUGUGUGCAUGCACGGGCCAUGUGUGCAUGCACGGGCCAUGUGUGCAUGCACGGGCCAUGUGUGCAUGCACGGGCCAUGUGUGCAUGCACGGGCCAUGUGUGCAUGCACGGGCCAUGUGUGCAUGCACGGGCCAUGUGUGCAUGCACGGGCCAUGUGUGCAUGCACGGGCCAUGUGUGCAUGCACGGGCCAUGUGUGCAUGCACGGGCCAUGUGUGCAUGCACGGGCCAUGUGUGCAUGCACGGGCCAUGUGUGCAUGCACGGGCCAUGUGUGCAUGCACGGGCCAUGUGUGCAUGCACGGGCCAUGUGUGCAUGCACGGGCCAUGUGUGCAUGCACGGGCCAUGUGUGCAUGCACGGGCCAUGUGUGCAUGCACGGGCCAUGUGUGCAUGCACGGGCCAUGUGUGCAUGCACGGGCCAUGUGUGCAUGCACGGGCCAUGUGUGCAUGCACGGGCCAUGUGUGCAUGCACGGGCCAUGUGUGCAUGCACGGGCCAUGUGUGCAUGCACGGGCCAUGUGUGCAUGCACGGGCCAUGUGUGCAUGCACGGGCCAUGUGUGCAUGCACGGGCCAUGUGUGCAUGCACGGGCCAUGUGUGCAUGCACGGGCCAUGUGUGCAUGCACGGGCCAUGUGUGCAUGCACGGGCCAUGUGUGCAUGCACGGGCCAUGUGUGCAUGCACGGGCCAUGUGUGCAUGCACGGGCCAUGUGUGCAUGCACGGGCCAUGUGUGCAUGCACGGGCCAUGUGUGCAUGCACGGGCCAUGUGUGCAUGCACGGGCCAUGUGUGCAUGCACGGGCCAUGUGUGCAUGCACGGGCCAUGUGUGCAUGCACGGGCCAUGUGUGCAUGCACGGGCCAUGUGUGCAUGCACGGGCCAUGUGUGCAUGCACGGGCCAUGUGUGCAUGCACGGGCCAUGUGUGCAUGCACGGGCCAUGUGUGCAUGCACGGGCCAUGUGUGCAUGCACGGGCCAUGUGUGCAUGCACGGGCCAUGUGGCAUGCACGGGCCAUGUGUGCAUGCACGGGCCAUGUGUGCAUGCACGGGCCAUGUGUGCAUGCACGGGCCAUGUGUGCAUGCACGGGCCAUGUGUGCAUGCACGGGCCAUGUGUGCAUGCACGGGCCAUGUGUGCAUGCACGGGCCAUGUGUGCAUGCACGGGCCAUGUGUGCAUGCACGGGCCCAUGUGUGCAUGCACGGGCCAUGUGUGCAUGCACGGGCCAUGUGUGCAUGCACGGGCCAUGUGUGCAUGCACGGGCCAUGUGUGCAUGCACGGGCCAUGUGUGCAUGCACGGGCCAUGUGUGCAUGCACGGGCCAUGUGUGCAUGCACGGGCCAUGUGUGCAUGCACGGGCCAUGUGUGCAUGCACGGGCCAUGUGUGCAUGCACGGGCCAUGUGUGCAUGCACGGGCCAUGUGUGCAUGCACGGGCCAUGUGUGCAUGCACGGGCCAUGUGUGCAUGCACGGGCCAUGUGUGCAUGCACGGGCCAUGUGUGCAUGCACGGGCCAUGUGUGCAUGCACGGGCCAUGUGUGCAUGCACGGGCCAUGUGUGCAUGCACGGGCCAUGUGUGCAUGCACGGGCCAUGUGUGCAUGCACGGGCCAUGUGUGCAUGCACGGGCCAUGUGUGCAUGCACGGGCCAUGUGUGCAUGCACGGGCAUGUGUGCAUGCACGGGCCAUGUGUGCAUGCACGGGCCAUGUGUGCAUGCACGGGCCCAUGUGUGCAUGCACGGGCCAUGUGUGCAUGCACGGGCCAUGUGUGCAUGCACGGGCCAUGUGUGCAUGCACGGGCCAUGUGUGCAUGCACGGGCCAUGUGUGCAUGCACGGGCCAUGUGUGCAUGCACGGGCCAUGUGUGCAUGCACGGGCCAUGUGUGCAUGCACGGGCCAUGUGUGCAUGCACGGGCCAUGUGUGCAUGCACGGGCCAUGUGUGCAUGCACGGGCCAUGUGUGCAUGCACGGGCCAUGUGUGCAUGCACGGGCCAUGUGUGCAUGCACGGGCCAUGUGUGCAUGCACGGGCCAUGUGUGCAUGCACGGGCCAUGUGUGCAUGCACGGGCCAUGUGUGCAUGCACGGGCCAUGUGUGCAUGCACGGGCCAUGUGUGCAUGCACGGGCCAUGUGUGCAUGCACGGGCCAUGUGUGCAUGCACGGGCCAUGUGUGCAUGCACGGGCCAUGUGUGCAUGCACGGGCCAUGUGUGCAUGCACGGGCCAUGUGUGCAUGCACGGGCCAUGUGUGCAUGCACGGGCCAUGUGUGCAUGCACGGGCCAUGUGUGCAUGCACGGGCCAUGUGUGCAUGCACGGGCCAUGUGUGCAUGCACGGGCCAUGUGUGCAUGCACGGGCCAUGUGUGCAUGCACGGGCCAUGUGUGCAUGCACGGGCCAUGUGUGCAUGCACGGGCCAUGUGUGCAUGCACGGGCCAUGUGUGCAUGCACGGGCCAUGUGUGCAUGCACGGGCCAUGUGUGCAUGCACGGGCCAUGUGUGCAUGCACGGGCCAUGUGUGCAUGCACGGGCCAUGUGUGCAUGCACGGGCCAUGUGUGCAUGCACGGGCCAUGUGUGCAUGCACGGGCCAUGUGUGCAUGCACGGGCCAUGUGUGCAUGCACGGGCCAUGUGUGCAUGCACGGGCCAUGUGUGCAUGCACGGGCCAUGUGUGCAUGCACGGGCCAUGUGUGCAUGCACGGGCCAUGUGUGCAUGCACGGGCCAUGUGUGCAUGCACGGGCCAUGUGUGCAUGCACGGGCCAUGUGUGCAUGCACGGGCCAUGUGUGCAUGCACGGGCCAUGCAUGUGCAUGCACGGGCCAUGUGUGCAUGCACGGGCCAUGUGUGCAUGCACGGGCCAUGUGUGCAUGCACGGGCCAUGUGUGCAUGCACGGGCCAUGGGUGCAUGCACGGGCCAUGUGUGCAUGCACGGGCCAUGUGUGCAUGCACGGGCCAUGUGUGCAUGCACGGGCCAUGUGUGCAUGCACGGGCCAUGUGUGCAUGCACGGGCCAUGUGUGCAUGCACGGGCCAUGUGUGCAUGCACGGGCCAGGUGUGCAUGCACGGGCCAUGUGUGCAUGCACGGGCCAUGUGUGCAUGCACGGGCCAUGUGUGCAUGCACGGGCCAUGUGUGCAUGCACGGGCCAUGUGUGCAUGCACGGGCCAUGUGUGCAUGCACGGGCCAUGUGUGCAUGCACGGGCCAUGUGUGCAUGCACGGGCCAUGUGUGCAUGCACGGGCCAUGUGUGCAUGCACGGGCCAUGUGUGCAUGCACGGGCCAUGUGUGCAUGCACGGGCCAUGUGUGCAUGCACGGGCCAUGUGUGCAUGCACGGGCCAUGUGUGCAUGCACGGGCCAUGUGUGCAUGCACGGGCCAUGUGUGCAUGCACGGGCCAUGUGUGCAUGCACGGGCCAUGUGUGCAUGCACGGGCCAUGUGUGCAUGCACGGGCCAUGUGUGCAUGCACGGGCCAUGUGUGCAUGCACGGGCCAUGUGUGCAUGCACGGGCCAUGUGUGCAUGCACGGGCCAUGUGUGCAUGCACGGGCCAUGUGUGCAUGCACGGGCCAUGUGUGCAUGCACGGGCCAUGUGUGCAUGCACGGGCCAUGUGUGCAUGCACGGGCCAUGUGUGCAUGCACGGGCCAUGUGUGCAUGCACGGGCCAUGUGUGCAUGCACGGGCCAUGUGUGCAUGCACGGGCCAUGUGUGCAUGCACGGGCCAUGUGUGCAUGCACGGGCCAUGUGUGCAUGCACGGGCCAUGUGUGCAUGCACGGGCCAUGUGUGCAUGCACGGGCCAUGUGUGCAUGCACGGGCCAUGUGUGCAUGCACGGGCCAUGUGUGCAUGCACGGGCCAUGUGUGCAUGCACGGCCAUGUGUGCAUGCACGGGCCAUGUGUGCAUGCUACGGGGCCAUGUGUGCAUGCCGGGGCCAUGUGUGCAUGCACGGGCCAUGUGUGCAUGCACGGGCCAUGUGUGCAUGCACGGGCCAUGUGUGCAUGCACGGGCCAUGUGUGCAUGCACGGGCCAUGUGUGCAUGCACGGGCCAUGUGUGCAUGCACGGGCCAUGUGUGCAUGCACGGGCCAUGUGUAGCAUGCACGGGCCAUGUGGCAUGCACGGGCCAUGUGUGCAUGCACGGGCCAUGUGUGCAUGCACGGUACCAUGUGUUGCCGGGCAUGUGUGCACCACGGGGCCAUGUGUGCUGCACGGGCCAUGUGUGCAUGCACGGGCCAUGUGUGCAUGCACGGGCCAUGUGUGCAUGCACGGGCCAUGUGUGCAUGCACGGGCCAUGUGUGCAUGCACGGGCCAUGUGUGCAUGCACGGGCCAUGUGUGCAUGCACGGGCCAUGUGUGCAUGCACGGGCCAUGUGUGCAUGCACGGGCCAUGUGUGCAUGCACGGGCCAUGUGUGCAUGCACGGGCCAUGUGUGCAUGCACGGGCCAUGUGUGCAUGCACGGGCCAUGUGUGCAUGCACGGGCCAUGUGUGCAUGCACGGGCCAUGUGUGCAUGCACGGGCCAUGUGUGCAUGCACGGGCCAUGUGUGCAUGCACGGGCCAUGUGUGCAUGCACGGGCCAUGUGUGCAUGCACGGGCCAUGUGUGCAUGCACGGGCCAUGUGUGCAUGCACGGGCCAUGUGUGCAUGCACGGGCCAUGUGUGCAUGCACGGGCCAUGUGUGCAUGCACGGGCCAUGUGUGCAUGCACGGGCCAUGUGUGCAUGCACGGGCCAUGUGUGCAUGCACGGGCCAUGUGUGCAUGCACGGGCCAUGUGUGCAUGCACGGGCCAUGUGUGCAUGCACGGGGCCAUGUGUGCAUGCACGGGCCAUUGUGUGCAUGCACGGGCCAUGUGUGCAUGCCGGGCCAUGUGUGCAUGCACGGGCCUGUGUGCAUGCACGGGCCAUGUGUGCAACUGCACCCUGUGUGCAUGCUACGGGCCAUGUGUGCAUGCACGGGCCAUGUGUGCAUGCACGGGCAUGUGUGCAUGCACGGGCCAUGUGUGCAUGCACGGGCCAUGUGUGCAUGCACGGGCCAUGUGUGCAUGCACGGGCCAUGUGUGCAUGCACGGGCCAUGUGGCAUGCACGGGCCAUGUGUGCAUGCACGGGCCAUGUGUGCAUGCACGGGCCAUGUGUGCAUGCACGGGCCAUGUGUGCAUGCACGGGCCAUGUGUGCAUGCACGGGCCAUGUGUGCAUGCACGGGCCCAUGUGUGCAUGCACGGGCCAUGUGUGCAUGCACGGGCCAUGUGUGCAUGCACGGGCCAUGUGUGCAUGCACGGGCAUGUGUGCAUGCACGGGCCAUGUGUGCAUGCACGGGCCAUGUGUGCAUGCACGGGCCAUGUGUGCAUGCACGGGCCAUGUGUGCAUGCACGGGCCAUGUGUGCAUGCACGGGCCAUGUGUGCAAUGCACGGGGCCAUGUGUGCAUGCACGGGCAUGUGUGCAUGCACGGGCCAUGUGUGCAUGCACGGGCCAUGGUGCAUGCACGGGCCAUGUGUGCAUGCACGGGCCAUGUGUGCAGCACGGGCCAUGUGUGCAUGCACGGGCCAUCGUGUGCAUGCACGGGGCCACAUGUGUGCAUGCACGGGCCAUGUGGUGCAUGCACGGGCCAGUGUGCAUGCACGGGCCAUGUGUGCAUGCACGGGCCAUGUGUGCAUGCACGGGCCAUGUGUGCAUGCACGGGCCAUGUGUGCAUGCACGGGCCAUGUGUGCAUGCACGGGCCAUGUGUGCAGCACGGGCCAGUGUGCAUGCACGGGCCUAUCGUGUGCAUGCACGGGCCAUGUGUGCAUGCACGGGCCAUGUGUGCAUGCACGGGCCAUGUGUGCAUGCACGGGCCAUGUGUGCAUGCACGGGCCAUGUGUGCAUGCACGGGCCAUGUGUGCAUUGCACGGGCCAUGUGUGCAUGCACGGGCCAUGUUGGUGCAUGCACGGGCCAUUGUGUGCAUGCACGGGCCAUGUGUGCAUGCACGGGCCAUGUGUGCAUGCACGGGCCAUGUGUGCAUGCACGGGCCAUGUGUGCAUGCACGGCCAUGUGUGCAUGCACGGGCCAUGUGUGCAUGCACGGGCCAUGUGUGCAUGCACGGGCCAUGUGUGCAUGCACGGGCCAUGUGUGCAUGCACGGGCCAUGUGUGCAUGCACGGGCCAUGUGUGCAUGCACGGGCCAUGUGUGCAUGCACGGGCCAUGUGUGCAUGCACGGGCCAUGUGUGCAUGCACGGGCCAUGUGUGCAUGCACGGGCCAUGUGUGCAUGCACGGGCCAUGUGUGCCAUUGCACGGGCCAUGUGUGCAUGCACGGGCCAUGUGUGCAUGCACGGGCCAUGUGGCAUGCACGGGCCAUGUGUGCAUGCACGGGCCAUGUGUGCAUGCACGGGCCAUGUGUGCAUGCACGGGCCAUGUGUGCAUGCACGGGCCAUGUGUGCAUGCACGGGCCAUGUGUGCAUGCACGGGCCAUGUGUGCAUGCACGGGCCAUGUGUGCAUGCACGGGCCAUGUGUGCAUGCACGGGCCAUGUGUGCAUGCACGGGCCAUGUGUGCAUGCACGGGCCAUGUGUGCAUGCACGGGCCAUGUGUGCAUGCACGGGCCAUGUGUGCAUGCACGGGCCAUGUGUGCAUGCACGGGCCAUGUGUGCAUGCACGGGCCAUGUGUGCAUGCACGGGCCAUGUGUGCAUGCACGGGCCAUGUGUGCAUGCACGGGCCAUGUGUGCAUGCACGGGCCAUGUGUGCAUGCACGGGCCAUGUGUGCAUGCACGGGCCAUGUGUGCAUGCACGGGCCAUGUGUGCAUGCACGGGCCAUGUGUGCAUGCACGGGCCAUGUGUGCAUGCACGGGCCAUGUGUGCAUGCACGGGCCAUGUGUGCAUGCACGGGCCAUGUGUGCAUGCACGGGCCAUGUGUGCAUGCACGGGCCAUGUGUGCAUGCACGGGCCAUGUGUGCAUGCACGGGCCAUGUGUGCAUGCACGGGCCAUGUGUGCAUGCACGGGCCAUGUGUGCAUGCACGGGCCAUGUGUGCAUGCACGGGCCAUGUGUGCAUGCACGGGCCAUGUGUGCAUGCACGGGCCAUGUGUGCAUGCACGGGCCAUGUGUGCAUGCACGGGCCAUGUGUGCAUGCACGGGCCAUGUGUGCAUGCACGGGCCAUGUGUGCAUGCACGGGCCAUGUGUGCAUGCACGGGCCAUGUGUGCAUGCACGGGCCAUGUGUGCAUGCACGGGCCAUGUGUGCAUGCACGGGCCAUGUGUGCAUGCACGGGCCAUGUGUGCAUGCACGGGCCAUGUGUGCAUGCACGGGCCAUGUGUGCAUGCACGGGCCAUGUGUGCAUGCACGGGCCAUGUGUGCAUGCACGGGCCAUGUGUGCAUGCACGGGCCAUGUGUGCAUGCACGGGCCAUGUGUGCAUGCACGGGCCAUGUGUGCAUGCACGGGCCAUGUGUGCAUGCACGGGCCAUGUGUGCAUGCACGGGCCAUGUGUGCAUGCACGGGCCAUGUGUGCAUGCACGGGCCAUGUGUGCAUGCACGGGCCAUGUGUGCAUGCACGGGCCAUGUGUGCAUGCACGGGCCAUGUGUGCAUGCACGGGCCAUGUGUGCAUGCACGGGCCAUGUGUGCAUGCACGGGCCAUGUGUGCAUGCACGGGCCAUGUGUGCAUGCACGGGCCAUGUGUGCAUGCACGGGCCAUGUGUGCAUGCACGGGCCAUGUGUGCAUGCACGGGCCAUGUGUGCAUGCACGGGCCAUGUGUGCAUGCACGGGCCAUGUGUGCAUGCACGGGCCAUGUGUGCAUGCACGGGCCAUGUGUGCAUGCACGGGCCAUGUGUGCAUGCACGGGCCAUGUGUGCAUGCACGGGCCAUGUGUGCAUGCACGGGCCAUGUGUGCAUGCACGGGCCAUGUGUGCAUGCACGGGCCAUGUGUGCAUGCACGGGCCAUGUGUGCAUGCACGGGCCAUGUGUGCAUGCACGGGCCAUGUGUGCAUGCACGGGCCAUGUGUGCAUGCACGGGCCAUGUGUGCAUGCACGGGCCAUGUGUGCAUGCACGGGCCAUGUGUGCAUGCACGGGCCAUGUGUGCAUGCACGGGCCAUGUGUGCAUGCACGGGGCCAUGUGUGCAUGCACGGGCCAUGUGUGCAUGCACGGGCCAUGUGUGCAUGCACGGGGCCAUGUGUGCAUGCACGGGCCAUGUGUGCAUGCACGGGCCAUGUGUGCAUGCACGGGCCAUGUGUGCAUGCACGGGCCAUGUGUGCAUGCACGGGCCAUGUGUGCAUGCACGGGCCAUGUGUGCAUGCACGGGCCAUGUGUGCAUGCACGGGCCAUGUGUGCAUGCACGGGCCAUGUGUGCAUGCACGGGCCAUGUGUGCAUGCACGGGGCCAUGUGUGCAUGCACGGGCCAUGUGUGCAUGCACGGGCCAUGUGUGCAUGCACGGGCCAUGUGUGCAUGCACGGGGCCAUGUGUGCAUGCACGGGCCAAUGUGUGCAUGCACGGGCCAUGGUGUGCAUGCACGGGCCAUGUGUGCAUGCACGGGCCCAUGUGUGCAUGCACGGGCCAUGUGUGCAUGCACGGGCCAGUGUGCAUGCACGGGCCAUGUGUGCAUGCACGGGCCAUGUGUGCAUGCACGGGCCAUGUGUGCAUGCACGGGCCAUGUGUGCAUGCACGGGCCAUGUGUGCAUGCACGGGCCAUGUGUGCAUGCACGGGCCAUGUGUGCAUGCACGGGCCAUGUGUGCAUGCACGGGCCAUGUGUGCAUGCACGGGCCAUGUGUGCAUGCACGGGCCAUGUGUGCAUGCACGGGCCAUGUGUGCAUGCACGGGCCAUGUGUGCAUGCACGGGCCAUGUGUGCAUGCACGGGCCAUGUGUGCAUGCACGGGCCAUGUGUGCAUGCACGGGCCAUGUGUGCAUGCACGGGCCAUGUGUGCAUGCACGGGCCAUGUGUGCAUGCACGGGCCAUGUGUGCAUGCACGGGCCAUGUGUGCAUGCACGGGCCAUGUGUGCAUGCACGGGCCAUGUGUGCAUGCACGGGCCAUGUGUGCAUGCACGGGCCAUGUGUGCAUGCACGGGCCAUGUGUGCAUGCACGGGCCAUGUGUGCAUGCACGGGCCAUGUGUGCAUGCACGGGCCAUGUGUGCAUGCACGGGCCAUGUGUGCAUGCACGGGCCAUGUGUGCAUGCACGGGCCAUGUGUGCAUGCACGGGCCAUGUGUGCAUGCACGGGCCAUGUGUGCAUGCACGGGCCAUGUGUGCAUGCACGGGCCAUGUGUGCAUGCACGGGCCAUGUGUGCAUGCACGGGCCAUGUGUGCAUGCACGGGCCAUGUGUGCAUGCACGGGCCAUGUGUGCAUGCACGGGCCAUGUGUGCAUGCACGGGCCAUGUGUGCAUGCACGGGCCAUGUGUGCAUGCACGGGCCAUGUGUGCAUGCACGGGCCAUGUGUGCAUGCACGGGCCAUGUGUGCAUGCACGGGCCAUGUGUGCAUGCACGGGCCAUGUGUGCAUGCACGGGCCAUGUGUGCAUGCACGGGCCAUGUGUGCAUGCACGGGCCAUGUGUGCAUGCACGGGCCAUGUGUGCAUGCACGGGCCAUGUGUGCAUGCACGGGCCAUGUGUGCAUGCACGGGCCAUGUGUGCAUGCACGGGCCAUGUGUGCAUGCACGGGCCAUGUGUGCAUGCACGGGCCAUGUGUGCAUGCACGGGCCAUGUGUGCAUGCACGGGCCAUGUGUGCAUGCACGGGCCAUGUGUGCAUGCACGGGCCAUGUGUGCAUGCACGGGCCAUGUGUGCAUGCACGGGCCAUGUGUGCAUGCACGGGCCAUGUGUGCAUGCACGGGCCAUGUGUGCAUGCACGGGCCAUGUGUGCAUGCACGGGCCAUGUGUGCAUGCACGGGCCAUGUGUGCAUGCACGGGCCAUGUGUGCAUGCACGGGCCAUGUGUGCAUGCACGGGCCAUGUGUGCAUGCACGGGCCAUGUGUGCAUGCACGGGCCAUGUGUGCAUGCACGGGCCAUGUGUGCAUGCACGGGCCAUGUGUGCAUGCACGGGCCAUGUGUGCAUGCACGGGCCAUGUGUGCAUGCACGGGCCAUGUGUGCAUGCACGGGCCAUGUGUGCAUGCACGGGCCAUGUGUGCAUGCACGGGCCAUGUGUGCAUGCACGGGCCAUGUGUGCAUGCACGGGCCAUGUGUGCAUGCACGGGCCAUGUGUGCAUGCACGGGCCAUGUGUGCAUGCACGGGCCAUGUGUGCAUGCACGGGCCAUGUGUGCAUGCACGGGCCAUGUGUGCAUGCACGGGCCAUGUGUGCAUGCACGGGCCAUGUGUGCAUGCACGGGCCAUGUGUGCAUGCACGGGCCAUGUGUGCAUGCACGGGCCAUGUGUGCAUGCACGGGCCAUGUGUGCAUGCACGGGCCAUGUGUGCAUGCACGGGCCAUGUGUGCAUGCACGGGCCAUGUGUGCAUGCACGGGCCAUGUGUGCAUGCACGGGCCAUGUGUGCAUGCACGGGCCAUGUGUGCAUGCACGGGCCAUGUGUGCAUGCACGGGCCAUGUGUGCAUGCACGGGCCAUGUGUGCAUGCACGGGCCAUGUGUGCAUGCACGGGCCAUGUGUGCAUGCACGGGCCAUGUGUGCAUGCACGGGCCAUGUGUGCAUGCACGGGCCAUGUGUGCAUGCACGGGCCAUGUGUGCAUGCACGGGCCAUGUGUGCAUGCACGGGCCAUGUGUGCAUGCACGGGCCAUGUGUGCAUGCACGGGCCAUGUGUGCAUGCACGGGCCAUGUGUGCAUGCACGGGCCAUGUGUGCAUGCACGGGCCAUGUGUGCAUGCACGGGCCAUGUGUGCAUGCACGGGCCAUGUGUGCAUGCACGGGCCAUGUGUGCAUGCACGGGCCAUGUGUGCAUGCACGGGCCAUGUGUGCAUGCACGGGCCAUGUGUGCAUGCACGGGCCAUGUGUGCAUGCACGGGCCAUGUGUGCAUGCACGGGCCAUGUGUGCAUGCACGGGCCAUGUGUGCAUGCACGGGCCAUGUGUGCAUGCACGGGCCAUGUGUGCAUGCACGGGCCAUGUGUGCAUGCACGGGCCAUGUGUGCAUGCACGGGCCAUGUGUGCAUGCACGGGCCAUGUGUGCAUGCACGGGCCAUGUGUGCAUGCACGGGCCAUGUGUGCAUGCACGGGCCAUGUGUGCAUGCACGGGCCAUGUGUGCAUGCACGGGCCAUGUGUGCAUGCACGGGCCAUGUGUGCAUGCACGGGCCAUGUGUGCAUGCACGGGCCAUGUGUGCAUGCACGGGCCAUGUGUGCAUGCACGGGCCAUGUGUGCAUGCACGGGCCAUGUGUGCAUGCACGGGCCAUGUGUGCAUGCACGGGCCAUGUGUGCAUGCACGGGCCAUGUGUGCAUGCACGGGCCAUGUGUGCAUGCACGGGCCAUGUGUGCAUGCACGGGCCAUGUGUGCAUGCACGGGCCAUGUGUGCAUGCACGGGCCAUGUGUGCAUGCACGGGCCAUGUGUGCAUGCACGGGCCAUGUGUGCAUGCACGGGCCAUGUGUGCAUGCACGGGCCAUGUGUGCAUGCACGGGCCAUGUGUGCAUGCACGGGCCAUGUGUGCAUGCACGGGCCAUGUGUGCAUGCACGGGCCAUGUGUGCAUGCACGGGCCAUGUGUGCAUGCACGGGCCAUGUGUGCAUGCACGGGCCAUGUGUGCAUGCACGGGCCAUGUGUGCAUGCACGGGCCAUGUGUGCAUGCACGGGCCAUGUGUGCAUGCACGGGCCAUGUGUGCAUGCACGGGCCAUGUGUGCAUGCACGGGCCAUGUGUGCAUGCACGGGCCAUGUGUGCAUGCACGGGCCAUGUGUGCAUGCACGGGCCAUGUGUGCAUGCACGGGCCAUGUGUGCAUGCACGGGCCAUGUGUGCAUGCACGGGCCAUGUGUGCAUGCACGGGCCAUGUGUGCAUGCACGGGCCAUGUGUGCAUGCACGGGCCAUGUGUGCAUGCACGGGCCAUGUGUGCAUGCACGGGCCAUGUGUGCAUGCACGGGCCAUGUGUGCAUGCACGGGCCAUGUGUGCAUGCACGGGCCAUGUGUGCAUGCACGGGCCAUGUGUGCAUGCACGGGCCAUGUGUGCAUGCACGGGCCAUGUGUGCAUGCACGGGCCAUGUGUGCAUGCACGGGCCAUGUGUGCAUGCACGGGCCAUGUGUGCAUGCACGGGCCAUGUGUGCAUGCACGGGCCAUGUGUGCAUGCACGGGCCAUGUGUGCAUGCACGGGCCAUGUGUGCAUGCACGGGCCAUGUGUGCAUGCACGGGCCAUGUGUGCAUGCACGGGCCAUGUGUGCAUGCACGGGCCAUGUGUGCAUGCACGGGCCAUGUGUGCAUGCACGGGCCAUGUGUGCAUGCACGGGCCAUGUGUGCAUGCACGGGCCAUGUGUGCAUGCACGGGCCAUGUGUGCAUGCACGGGCCAUGUGUGCAUGCACGGGCCAUGUGUGCAUGCACGGGCCAUGUGUGCAUGCACGGGCCAUGUGUGCAUGCACGGGCCAUGUGUGCAUGCACGGGCCAUGUGUGCAUGCACGGGCCAUGUGUGCAUGCACGGGCCAUGUGUGCAUGCACGGGCCAUGUGUGCAUGCACGGGCCAUGUGUGCAUGCACGGGCCAUGUGUGCAUGCACGGGCCAUGUGUGCAUGCACGGGCCAUGUGUGCAUGCACGGGCCAUGUGUGCAUGCACGGGCCAUGUGUGCAUGCACGGGCCAUGUGUGCAUGCACGGGCCAUGUGUGCAUGCACGGGCCAUGUGUGCAUGCACGGGCCAUGUGUGCAUGCACGGGCCAUGUGUGCAUGCACGGGCCAUGUGUGCAUGCACGGGCCAUGUGUGCAUGCACGGGCCAUGUGUGCAUGCACGGGCCAUGUGUGCAUGCACGGGCCAUGUGUGCAUGCACGGGCCAUGUGUGCAUGCACGGGCCAUGUGUGCAUGCACGGGCCAUGUGUGCAUGCACGGGCCAUGUGUGCAUGCACGGGCCAUGUGUGCAUGCACGGGCCAUGUGUGCAUGCACGGGCCAUGUGUGCAUGCACGGGCCAUGUGUGCAUGCACGGGCCAUGUGUGCAUGCACGGGCCAUGUGUGCAUGCACGGGCCAUGUGUGCAUGCACGGGCCAUGUGUGCAUGCACGGGCCAUGUGUGCAUGCACGGGCCAUGUGUGCAUGCACGGGCCAUGUGUGCAUGCACGGGCCAUGUGUGCAUGCACGGGCCAUGUGUGCAUGCACGGGCCAUGUGUGCAUGCACGGGCCAUGUGUGCAUGCACGGGCCAUGUGUGCAUGCACGGGCCAUGUGUGCAUGCACGGGCCAUGUGUGCAUGCACGGGCCAUGUGUGCAUGCACGGGCCAUGUGUGCAUGCACGGGCCAUUGUGUGCAUGCACGGGCCAUGUGUGCAUGCACGGGCCAUGUGUGCAUGCACGGGCCAUGUGUGCAUGCACGGGCCAUGGCCAUGUGUGCAUGCACGGGCCAUGUGUGCAUGCACGGGCCAUGUGUGCAUGCACGGGCCAUGUGUGCAUGCACGGGCAUGUGUGCAUGCACGGGCCAUUGUGUGCAUGCACGGGCCAUGUGUGCAUGCACGGGGCAUGGUGCAUGCACGGGCCAUGUGUGCAUGCACGGGCCAUCGGGCAAUGCACGGGCCAUGUGUGCUGCACGGGCCAUGUGUGCAUGCACGGGCCAUGUGUGCAUGCACGGGCCAUGUGUGCAUGCACGGGCCAUGUGUGCAUGCACGGGCCAUGUGUGCAUGCACGGGCCAUGUGUGCAUGCACGGGCCAUGUGUGCAUGCACGGGCCAUGUGUGCAUGCACGGGCCAUGUGUGCAUGCACGGGCCAUGUGUGCAUGCACGGGCCAUGUGUGCAUGCACGGGCCAUGUGUGCAUGCACGGGCCAUGUGUGCACUGCACGGGCCAUGUGUGCAUGCACGGGCCCUGUGUGCAUGCACGGGCCAUGUGUGCAUGCACGGGCCAUGUGUUGCAUGCACGGGCCAUGUGUGCAUGCACGGGCCAUGUGUGCAUGCACGGGCCAUGUGUGCAUGCACGGGCCAUGUGUGCAUGCACGGGCCAUGUGUGGCAUGCACGGGCCAUGUGUGCAUGCACGGGCCAUGUGUGCAUGCACGGGCCAUGUGUGCAUGCACGGGCCAUGUGUGCAUGCACGGGCCAUGUGUGCAUGCACGGGCCAUGUGUGCAUGCACGGGCCAUGUGUGCAUGCACGGGCCAUGUUGUGCAUGCACGGGCCAUGUGGGUGCAUGCACGGGCCAUGUGUGCAUCAGCAACGGGGCCAUGUGUGCAUGCACGGGCCAUGUGUGCAUGCACGGGCCAUGUGUGCAUGCACGGGCCAUGUGGUGCAUGCACGGGCCAUGUGUGCAUGCACGGGCCCAUGUGUGCAUGCACGGGCCAUGUGUGCAUGCACGGCCAUGUGUGCAUGCACGGGCCAUGUGGCAUCACGGGCAUGUGUGCAUGCACGGGCCAUGUGUGCAUGCACGGGCCAUGUGGUGCAUGCACGGGCCAUGUGUGCAUGCACGGGCCGUGUGCAUGCACGGGCCAUGUGUGCAUGCACGGGCCAUGUGUGCAUGCACGGGCCAUGUGUGCAUGCACGGGCCAUGUGUGCAUGCACGGGCCAUGUGUGCAUGCACGGGCCAUGUGUGCAGCACGGGCCAUGUGUGCAUGCACGGGCCAUGUGUGCAUGCACGGGCCAUGUGUGCAUGCACGGGCCAUGUGUGCAUGCACGGGCCAUGUGUGCAUGCACGGGCCAUGUGUGCAUGCACGGGCCAUGUGUGCAUGCACGGGCCAUGUGUGCAUGCACGGGCCAUGUGUGCAUGCACGGGCCAUGUGUGCAUGCACGGGCCAUGUGUGCAUGCACGGGCCAUGUGUGCAUGCACGGGCCAUGUGUGCAUGCACGGGCCAUGUGUGCAUGCACGGGCCAUGUGUGCAUGCACGGGCCAUGUGUGCAUGCACGGGCCAUGUGUGCAUGCACGGGCCAUGUGUGCAUGCACGGGCCAUGUGUGCAUGCACGGGCCAUGUGUGCAUGCACGGGCCAUGUGUGCAUGCACGGGCCAUGUGUGCAUGCACGGGCCAUGUGUGCAUGCACGGGCCAUGUGUGCAUGCACGGGCCAUGUGUGCAUGCACGGGCCAUGUGUGCAUGCACGGGCCAUGUGUGCAUGCACGGGCCAUGUGUGCAUGCACGGGCCAUGUGUGCAUGCACGGGCCAUGUGUGCAUGCACGGGCCAUGUGUGCAUGCACGGGCCAUGUGUGCAUGCACGGGCCAUGUGUGCAUGCACGGGCCAUGUGUGCAUGCACGGGCCAUGUGUGCAUGCACGGGCCAUGUGUGCAUGCACGGGCCAUGUGUGCAUGCACGGGCCAUGUGUGCAUGCACGGGCCAUGUGUGCAUGCACGGGCCAUGUGUGCAUGCACGGGCCAUGUGUGCAUGCACGGGCCAUGUGUGCAUGCACGGGCCAUGUGUGCAUGCACGGGCCAUGUGUGCAUGCACGGGCCAUGUGUGCAUGCACGGGCCAUGUGUGCAUGCACGGGCCAUGUGUGCAUGCACGGGCCAUGUGUGCAUGCACGGGCCAUGUGUGCAUGCACGGGCCAUGUGUGCAUGCACGGGCCAUGUGUGCAUGCACGGGCCAUGUGUGCAUGCACGGGCCAUGUGUGCAUGCACGGGCCAUGUGUGCAUGCACGGGCCAUGUGUGCAUGCACGGGCCAUGUGUGCAUGCACGGGCCAUGUGUGCAUGCACGGGCCAUGUGUGCAUGCACGGGCCAUGUGUGCAUGCACGGGCCAUGUGUGCAUGCACGGGCCAUGUGUGCAUGCACGGGCCAUGUGUGCAUGCACGGGCCAUGUGUGCAUGCACGGGCCAUGUGUGCAUGCACGGGCCAUGUGUGCAUGCACGGGCCAUGUGUGCAUGCACGGGCCAUGUGUGCAUGCACGGGCCAUGUGUGCAUGCACGGGCCAUGUGUGCAUGCACGGGCCAUGUGUGCAUGCACGGGCCAUGUGUGCAUGCACGGGCCAUGUGUGCAUGCACGGGCCAUGUGUGCAUGCACGGGCCAUGUGUGAUGCAAGGGCCAUGUGUGCAUGCACGGGCCCAUGUGUGCAUGCACGGGCAUGUGUGCAUGCACGGGCCAUGUGUGCAUGCACGGCCAUGUGUGCAUUGCACGGGCCAUGUGUGCAUGCACGGGCCAUGUGUGCAUUGCACGGGCCAUGUGUGCAUUGCACGGGCCAUGUGUGCAUGCACGGGCCAUGUGUGCAUGCACGGGCCAUGUGUGCAUGCACGGGCCAUGUGUGCAUGCACGGGCCAUGUGUGCAUGCACGGGCCAUGUGUGCAUGCACGGGCCAUGUGUGCAUGCACGGGCCAUGUGUGCAUGCACGGGCCAUGUGUGCAUGCACGGGCCAUGUGUGCAUGCACGGGCCAUGUGUGCAUGCACGGGCCAUGUGUGCAUGCACGGGCCAUGUGUGCAUGCACGGGCCAUGUGUGCAUGCACGGGCCAUGUGUGCAUGCACGGGCCAUGUGUGCAUGCACGGGCCAUGUGUGCAUGCACGGGCCAUGUGUGCAUGCACGGGCCAUGUGUGCAUGCACGGGCCAUGUGUGCAUGCACGGGCCAUGUGUGCAUGCACGGGCCAUGUGUGCAUGCACGGGCCAUGUGUGCAUGCACGGGCCAUGUGUGCAUGCACGGGCCAUGUGUGCAUGCACGGGCCAUGUGUGCAUGCACGGGCCAUGUGUGCAUGCACGGGCCAUGUGUGCAUGCACGGGCCAUGUGUGCAUGCACGGGCCAUGUGUGCAUGCACGGGCCAUGUGUGCAUGCACGGGCCAUGUGUGCAUGCACGGGCCAUGUGUGCAUGCACGGGCCAUGUGUGCAUGCACGGGCCAUGUGUGCAUGCACGGGCCAUGUGUGCAUGCACGGGCCAUGUGUGCAUGCACGGGCCAUGUGUGCAUGCACGGGCCAUGUGUGCAUGCACGGGCCAUGUGUGCAUGCACGGGCCAUGUGUGCAUGCACGGGCCAUGUGUGCAUGCACGGGCCAUGUGUGCAUGCACGGGCCAUGUGUGCAUGCACGGGCCAUGUGUGCAUGCACGGGCCAUGUGUGCAUGCACGGGCCAUGUGUGCAUGCACGGGCCAUGUGUGCAUGCACGGGCCAUGUGUGCAUGCACGGGCCAUGUGUGCAUGCACGGGCCAUGUGUGCAUGCACGGGCCAUGUGUGCAUGCACGGGCCAUGUGUGCAUGCACGGGCCAUGUGUGCAUGCACAUGGGGCCAUGUGUGCAUGCACGGGCCAUGUGUGCAUGCACGGGCCAUGUGUGCAUGCACGGGCCAUGUGUGCAUGCACGGGCCAUGUGUGCAUGCACGGGCCAUGUGUGCAUGCACGCUGGGCCAUGUGUGCAUGCACGGCCCAUGUGUGCAUGCACGGGCCAUGUGUGCAUGCACGGGCCAUGUGUGCAUGCACGGCCAUGUGUGCAGCACGGGCCAUGUGUGCAUGCACGGGCCAUGUGUGCAUGCACGGGCCAUGUGUGCAUGCACGGGCCAUGUGUGCAUGCACGGGCCAUGUGUGCAUGCACGGGCCAUGUGUGCAUGCACGGGCCAUGUGUGCAUGCACGGGCCAUGUGUGCAUGCACGGGCCAUGUGUGCAUGCACGGGCCAUGUGUGCAUGCAAGGGCCAUGUGUGCAUGCACGGGCCAUGUGUGCAUGCACGGGGCCAUGUGUGCAUGCACGGGCCAUGUGUGCAUGCACGGGCCAUGUGUGCAUGCAACGGGCCAUGUGUGCAUGCACGGGCCAUGUGUGCAUGCACGGGCCAUGUGUGCAUGCACGGGCCAUGUGUGCAUGCACGGGCCAUGUGUGCAUGCACGGGCCAUGUGUGCAUGCACGGGGCAUGUGUGCAUGCACGGGCCAUGUGUGCAUGCACGGGCCAUGUGUGCAUGCACGGGCCAUGUGUGCAUGCACGGGCCAUGUGUGCAUGCACGGGCCAUGUGUGCAUGCACGGGCCAUGUGUGCAUGCACGGGCCAUGUGUGCAUGCACGGGCCAUGUGUGCAUGCACGGGCCAUGUGUGCAUGCACGGGCCAUGUGUGCAUGCACGGGCCAUGUGUGCAUGCACGGGCCAUGUGUGCAUGCACGGGCCAUGUGUGCAUGCACGGGCCAUGUGUGCAUGCACGGGCCAUGUGUGCAUGCACGGGCCAUGGUGCAUGCACGGGCAUGUGUGCAUGCACGGGCCAUGUGUGCAUGCACGGGCCAUGUGUGCAUGCACGGGCCAUGUGUGCAUGCACGGGCAUGUGUGCAUGCACGGGCCAUGUGUGCAUGCACGGGCCAUGUGUGCAUGCACGGGGCCAUGUGUGCAUGCACGGGCCAUGUGUGGCAUGCACGGGCCAUGUGUGCAUGCACGGGCCAUGUGUGCAUGCACGGGCCAUGUGUGCAUGCACGGGCCAUGUGUGCAUGCACGGGCCAUGUGUGCAUGCACGGGCCAUGUGUGCAUGCACGGGCCAUGUGUGCAUGCACGGGCCAUGUGUGCAUGCACGGGCCAUGUGUGCAUGCACGGGCCAUGUGUGCAUGCACGGGCCAUGUGUGCAUGCACGGGCCAUGUGUGCAUGCACGGGCCAUGUGUGCAUGCACGGGCCAUGUGUGCAUGCACGGGCCAUGUGUGCAUGCACGGGCCAUGUGUGCAUGCACGGGCCAUGUGUGCAUGCACGGGCCAUGUGUGCAUGCACGGGCCAUGUGUGCAUGCACGGGCCAUGUGUGCAUGCACGGGCCAUGUGUGCAUGCACGGGCCAUGUGUGCAUGCACGGGCCAUGUGUGCAUGCACGGGCCAUGUGUGCAUGCACGGGCCAUGUGUGCAUGCACGGGCCAUGUGUGCAUGCACGGGCCAUGCCAUGUGGGCAUGCACGGGCCAUGUGUGCAUGCACGGGCCAUGUGUGCAUGCACGGGCCAUGUGUGCAUGCACGGGCCAUGUGUGCAUGCACGGGCCAUGUGUGCAUGCACGGGCCAUGUGUGCAUGCAACGGGCCCAUGUGUGCAUGCACGGGCCAUGUGUGCAUGCACGGGCCAUGUGUGCAUGCACGGGCCAUGGUGUGCAUGCACGGGGCCAUGUGUGCAUUGCACGGGCCAUGUGUGCAUGCACGGGCCAUGUGUGCAUGCACGGGCCAUGUGUGCAUGCACGGGCCAUGUGUGCAUGCACGGGGCCAUGUGUGCAUGCACGGGCCCAUGUGUGCAUGCACGGGCCAUGUGUGCAUGCACGGGCCAUGUGUGCAUGCACGGGCCAUGUGUGCAUGCACGGGCCAUGUGUGUGCAUGCACGGGCCAUGUGUGCAUGCACGGGCCAUGUGUGCAUGCACGGGCCAUGUGUGCAUGCACGGGCCAUGUGUGCAUGCACGGGCCAUGUGUGGCAUGCACGGGCCAUGUGUGCAUGCACGGGCCAUGUGUGCAUGCACGGGCCAUGUGUGCAUGCACGGGCCAUGUGUGCAUGCACGGGCCAUGUGUGCAUGCACGGGCCAUGUGUGCAUGCACGGGCCAUGUGUGCAUGCACGGGCCAUGUGUGCAUGCACGGGCCAUGUGUGCAUGCACGGGCCAUGUGUGCAUGCACGGGCCAUGUGUGCAUGCACGGGCCAUGUGUGCAUGCACGGGCCAUGUGUGCAUGCACGGGCCAUGUGUGCAUGCACGGGCCAUGUGUGCAUGCACGGGCCAUGUGUGCAUGCACGGGCCAUGUGUGCAUGCACGGGCCAUGUGUGCAUGCACGGGCCAUGUGUGCAUGCACGGGCCAUGUGUGCAUGCACGGGCCAUGUGUGCAUGCACGGGCCAUGUGUGCAUGCACGGGCCAUGUGUGCAUGCACGGGCCAUGUGUGCAUGCACGGGCCAUGUGUGCAUGCACGGGCCAUGUGUGCAUGCACGGGCCAUGUGUGCAUGCACGGGGCCAUGUGUGCAUGCACGGGCCAUGUGUGCAUGCACGGGCCAUGUGUGCAUGGCAUGUGUGCAUGCACGGGCCAUGUGUGCAUGCACGGGCCAUGUGCUGCAUGCACGGGCCAUGUGUGCAUGCACGGGCCAUGUGUGCAUGCACGGGCCAUGUGUGCAUGCACGGGCCAUGUGGCAUGCACGGGCCAUGUGUGCAUGCACGGGCCAUGUGUGCAUGCACGGGCCAUGUGUGCAUGCCACGGGCCAUGUGUGCAUGCACGGGCCAUGUGUGCAUUGCACGGGCCAUGUGUGCAUGCACGGGCCAUGUGUGCAUGCACGGGCCAUGUGUGCAUGCACGGGCCAUGUGUGCAUGCACGGGCCAUGUGUGCAUGCACGGGCCAUGUGUGCAUGCACGGGCCAUGUGUGCAUGCACGGGCCAUGUGUGCAUGCACGGGCCAUGUGUGCAUGCACGGGCCAUGUGUGCAUGCACGGGCCAUGUGUGCAUGCACGGGCCAUGUGUGCAUGCACGGGCCAUGUGUGCAUGCACGGGCCAUGUGUGCAUGCACGGGCCAUGUGUGCAUGCACGGGCCAUGUGUGCAUGCACGGGCCAUGUGUGCAUGCACGGGCCAUGUGUGCAUGCACGGGCCAUGUGUGCAUGCACGGGCCAUGUGUGCAUGCACGGGCCAUGUGUGCAUGCACGGGCCAUGUGUGCAUGCACGGGCCAUGUGUGCAUGCACGGGCCAUGUGUGCAUGCACGGGCCAUGUGUGCAUGCACGGGCCAUGUGUGCAUGCACGGGCCAUGUGUGCAUGCACGGGCCAUGUGUGCAUGCACGGGCCAUGUGUGCAUGCACGGGCCAUGUGUGCAUGCACGGGCCAUGUGUGCAUGCACGGGCCAUGUGUGCAUGCACGGGCCAUGUGUGCAUGCACGGGCCAUGUGUGCAUGCACGGGCCAUGUGUGCAUGCACGGGCCAUGUGUGCAUGCACGGGCCAUGUGUGCAUGCACGGGCCAUGUGUGCAUGCACGGGCCAUGUGUGCAUGCACGGGCCAUGUGUGCAUGCACGGGCCAUGUGUGCAUGCACGGGCCAUGUGUGCAUGCACGGGCCAUGUGUGCAUGCACGGGCCAUGUGUGCAUGCACGGGCCAUGUGUGCAUGCACGGGCCAUGUGUGCAUGCACGGGCCAUGUGUGCAUGCACGGGCCAUGUGUGCAUGCACGGGCCAUGUGUGCAUGCACGGGCCAUGUGUGCAUGCACUGGGCCAUGUGUGCAUGCACGGGCCAUGUGUGCAUGCACGGGCCAUGUGUGCAUGCACGGGCCAUGUGUGCAUGCACGGGCCAUGUGUGCAUGCACGGGCCAUGUGUGCAUGCACGGGCCAUGUGUGCAUGCACGGGCCAUGUGUGCAUGCACGGGCCAUGUGUGCAUGCACGGGCCAUGUGUGCAUGCACGGGCCAUGUGUGCAUGCACGGGCCAUGUGUGCAUGCACGGGCCAUGUGUGCAUGCACGGGCCAUGUGUGCAUGCACGGGCCAUGUGUGCAUGCACGGGCCAUGUGUGCAUGCACGGGCCAUGUGUGCAUGCACGGGCCAUGUGUGCAUGCACGGGCCAUGUGUGCAUGCACGGGCCAUGUGUGCAUGCACGGGCCAUGUGUGCAUGCACGGGCCAUGUGUGCAUGCACGGGCCAUGUGUGCAUGCACGGGCCAUGUGUGCAUGCACGGGCCAUGUGUGCAUGCACGGGCCAUGUGUGCAUGCACGGGCCAUGUGUGCAUGCACGGGCCAUGUGUGCAUGCACGGGCCAUGUGUGCAUGCACGGGCCAUGUGUGCAUGCACGGGCCAUGUGUGCAUGCACGGGCCAUGUGUGCAUGCACGGGCCAUGUGUGCAUGCACGGGCCAUGUGUGCAUGCACGGGCCAUGUGUGCAUGCACGGGCCAUGUGUGCAUGCACGGGCCAUGUGUGCAUGCACGGGCCAUGUGUGCAUGCACGGGCCAUGUGUGCAUGCACGGGCCAUGUGUGCAUGCACGGGCCAUGUGUGCAUGCACGGGCCAUGUGUGCAUGCACGGGCCAUGUGUGCAUGCACGGGCCAUGUGUGCAUGCACGGGCCAUGUGUGCAUGCACGGGCCAUGUGUGCAUGCACGGGCCAUGUGUGCAUGCACGGGCCAUGUGUGCAUGCACGGGCCAUGUGUGCAUGCACGGGCCAUGUGUGCAUGCACGGGCCAUGUGUGCAUGCACGGGCCAUGUGUGCAUGCACGGGCCAUGUGUGCAUGCACGGGCCAUGUGUGCAUGCACGGGCCAUGUGUGCAUGCACGGGCCAUGUGUGCAUGCACGGGCCAUGUGUGCAUGCACGGGCCAUGUGUGCAUGCACGGGCCAUGUGUGCAUGCACGGGCCAUGUGUGCAUGCACGGGCCAUGUGUGCAUGCACGGGCCAUGUGUGCAUGCACGGGCCAUGUGUGCAUGCACGGGCCAUGUGUGCAUGCACGGGCCAUGUGUGCAUGCACGGGCCAUGUGUGCAUGCACGGGCCAUGUGUGCAUGCACGGGCCAUGUGUGCAUGCACGGGGCCAUGUGUUGCAUGCACGGGCCAUGUGUGCCAUUGCACCGGGCCAUGUGUGCAUGCACGGGCCAUGUGUGCAUGCACGGGCCAUGUGUGCAUGCACGGGCCAUGUGUGCAUGCACGGGCCAUGUGUGCAUGCACGGGCCAUGUGUGCAUGCACGGGCCAUGUGUGCAUGCACGGGCCAUGUGUGCAUGCACUGGGCCAUGUGUGCAUGCACGGGCCAUGUGUGCAUGCACGGGCCAUGUGUGCAUGCACGGGCCAUGUGUGCAUGCACGGGCAUGUGUGCAUGCACGGGCCAUGUGUGCAUGCACGGGCCAUGUGUGCAUGCACGGGCCAUGUGUGCAUGCACGGGCCAUGUGUGCAUGCACGGGCCCAUGUGUGCAUGCACGGGCCAUGUGGUGCAUGCACGGGCCAUGUGUGCAUGCACGGGCCAUGUGUGCAUGCACGGGCCAUGUGUGCAUGCACGGGCCAUGUGUGCAUGCACGGGCCAUGUGUGCAUGCACGGGCCAUGUGUGCAUGCACGGGCCAUGUGUGCAUGCACGGGCCAUGUGUGCAUGCACGGGCCAUGUGUGCAUGCACGGGCCAUGUGUGCAUGCACGGGCCAUGUGUGCAUGCACGGGCCAUGUGUGCAUGCACGGGCCAUGUGUGCAUGCACGGGCCAUGUGUGCAUGCACGGGCCAUGUGUGCAUGCACGGGCCAUGUGUGCAUGCACGGGCCAUGUGUGCAUGCACGGGCCAUGUGUGCAUGCACGGGCCAUGUGUGCAUGCACGGGCCAUGUGUGCAUGCACGGGCCAUGUGUGCAUGCACGGGCCAUGUGUGCAUGCACGGGCCAUGUGUGCAUGCACGGGCCAUGUGUGCAUGCACGGGCCAUGUGUGCAUGCACGGGCCAUGUGUGCAUGCACGGGCCAUGUGUGCAUGCACGGGCCAUGUGUGCAUGCACGGGCCAUGUGUGCAUGCACGGGCCAUGUGUGCAUGCACGGGCCAUGUGUGCAUGCACGGGCCAUGUGUGCAUGCACGGGCCAAUGCAACGGGCCAGGUGUUGCAUGCACGGGCCAUGUGUGCAUGCACGGGCCAUGUGUGCAUGCCACAGGGCCAUGUGUGCAUGCACGGGCCAUGUGUGCAUGGCACGGGCCCAUGUGUGCAUGCACGGGCAGCAUGUGUGCAUGCACGGGCCAUGUGUGCAAUGCACAGGGCCAUGUGUGCAUGCACGGGCCAUGUGUGCAUGCGACGGGCCAUGUGUGCAUGCACGGGCCAUGUGUGCAUGCACGGGCCAUGUGUGCAUGCACGGGCCAUGUGGUGCAUGCACGGGCCAUGGUGUUGCAUGCAACAGGGCCAUGUGGUGCCAUGCCACGGGCCAUGUGUGGCCAUGCAACGGGCACACUAGUGUGCAUGCACGGGCCAUGUGUGCAUGCACGGGCCAUGUGUGCAUGCACAAGGAAGGCCGAUGUGUGCAUGGCACGGGCCCAUGUGUGCAUGCACGGGCCAUGUGUGCAUGCACGGGCCAUGUGUGCAUGCACGGGCCAUGUGUGCAUGCCACAGGGCCAUGUGUGCCCCGGGCAUGUGUGCAUGCACGGGCCAUGUGUGCAUGCACGGGCCAUGUGUGCAUGCACGGGCCAUGUGUGCAUGCACGGGCCAUGUGUGCAUGCACGGGCCAUGUGUGCAUGCACGGGCCAUGUGUGCAUGCACGGGCCAUGUGUGCAUGCACGGGCCAUGUGUGCAUGCACGGGCCAUGCGGUGCACAUGGCAUGGGAGCGGGGGCAGGGCAUGGAAGCAGCGGGGCAGGGGGGCACGCACAAGGGGGUGCAGCGGGCGGUGAGGCAGAUGCAGAAGGUGGUGGGGAUGGCGCAGUUCCAGCGCCACACCGUGGACGUGUAUAACGGGCGCCAGCAGCAGGAGGUAUACCGCACCAACCUCAUGCUGCCACUGCUGGAUGUGUGGCAGUGA